CGAUUCUGUUGUUAGCUUAGCCCGAAUGAGCCUCUGAAUAUGUGACACAUGUGAGCGCGACCAACUUUCGGACACACUUUCCACUCCAACUGCCGUCCCCUGCAAACCAUGGCGGACUACCAGCUUCCGGUGGACGUGGACAUGUCGGCCGAGCCGGGUCGCGUGCUGUUCCUGCUGCUCUUGUUGUUAUUGUAGCGAGCGCCAGCGUUAGCUGAGCAGCUAACUCCGCUGCCUUCGCCUUCAGCGUAGCCGAGGUUGAUGCAUCGCAGUCGGGGCAGCAAACCCCGAGAAACGAGGCUGGAGCAAGUUACAUAAACAACCGACCGCAGCGAUGUUUGUGUUACGCUACUUAUUUAAUUAGGUAAUUAGCCGCGUGCGGUUUUUUGUGUGUGUGCACGAAAUGCUAACGUUACCUGCCAAGUGACAUUAGUUUGCAUGCUUCGGAAGAAGACACCUCGACUGAAAUGGCAUCACCGCGGUCAGCUAACGCGCGCAGUCACUGCUGACUGCGCGGUGUGAGAUGGAGCCGCAGAAAGCAGCCGUGGAGAUGGCUCUUCUUCUUCUUCUUCCUCCUCCUCCUCCUCUUUAUCUUCUUCACAGCAGCUGCACGUCUUGAGUUGUAAGCGCCCGUGAAACGGGGAACCAUGUCUUGCAAAGCGGCGACCAAGGACAAGAAGUCCAGCUUCAGCAAGAAGCUCUUCCGCCGCGGCUCCGUGCGCUCCGUGGGCAGCUUCAUGAGCCGCUUCCUCCGGACCCUGACGGCGUUGUCCCACUUUGGAUCCGAAGUGCAGGCGGAGGACGAGAAAGACGAUGGCGGCUUCUCCACUUUUGAGCCCGGGAGCAAAGACGUGGACGACGGGGACCUCGCGGGCUUCCUGUCCGGGGACCGGGUGCCCGGAGUGUCCGGCCUCAAGAACCACGGGAACACCUGCUUCAUGAACGCGGUGCUGCAGUGUCUCAGCAACACGGAGCUCUUCGCCGAGUACCUCGUCCUGGAGCACUACAAGGGCGAGGAAGAGGGGGAUGAGGAGGAGGAGGAGGAGGGGGGCAGACCGAAGGUGAACGGAGUGCAUCUGCAGAAGAAGGGUCCCCUGUCCAAAGGAGAGGUCACGGAGCAGCUGUCGGGGCUCAUGAGGGCUCUGUGGACCUUCGAGUACACCCCGCAGCACAGCAGGGACUUCAAGAAUGCCGUGUCGAAGAAUGCCACCCAGUUCAAAGGGAACGCUCAGCACGAUGCUCAGGAGUUCCUGCUGUGGCUGCUGGACCGAGUGCACGAGGACCUCAACACCGUCAACCCCAACAGCAGGCCUGCUAUAAAGCCCCCGAUAGAAGAGGACGAUCACAGCUUAGAGGGGCCAUCCCCCCCCCUCUCCGCCGGGUCCUUUGUCCAAGAAUUAUUUCAAGCUCAGUACAGGUCUUCUCUCACUUGCCCACAUUGCCAAAAGCAAAGCAAUACGUUCGAUCCCUUCCUCUGCAUCUCGCUCCCGAUCCCACUGCCGCACACACGGCCCCUGUACGUGACGGUGGUGUUCCAGGGGAAGUACUCUCACUGUAUGAGGAUCGGAGUCGCCGCUCCCCUCAACAGCACCGUCUAUCGCCUCCGAGACGCCGUGUCACGUGAGACCAAGAUCCCAAUGGACCAGUUUGUGUUGACCGAAAUGUACUACGACGGUUUCCAUCGUUCAUUCUGCGAUGACGACGACGAUCUUGAGAUCAUUCAGGAGAGCGACUCCAUAUUCGCCUUUGAGACCCCGGAGACCUUCAAACUGGAAACAAUACGCACAAAAAGAGGAAGUCUUCUGGCCAACCUGAAUCAUAACAACUUGAAAUACGGGACAGAAAUCAGCAGGACGUCGUCCUUCAUGCAAGGGGCCACAACGCCUUUAACGGCGUCGCCCAAUAAGAACCUGGGACCAGAGAAGAUCAUCCUCCUGGUGUGUAACAGGGCCUGCUCCGGCCACCAGGGAAAGAGGUUCGGCCUGCCGUUCGUCCUGUACAUGGAGCGCACGGUGACCUGGGACGCCCUGCAGAAGGAGAUCCUGGAGAAGAUGCGCCACCUCCUGAGGCCGGGGGUCUACAUCCAGGUGGGACCUUUCAGCCUCCGGGUGGUCGGCGUGGUCGGCAUCACCUACCUCCUGCCCCAAGACGAGCGGCCGCUGUGUCACCCGACCGUGGAGAGAGCGUACAAGUCCUGUGGACAGGGGGGGCCGCCACACGUGAAGAUCGUGGUCGAGUGGGACAAAGAGACCAAGGACUAUCUGUUCGGACACACGGAGGAGGAGUACAUCCCCGAUGCUGAGAGUGUGUAUCUGCACCGGGAGCAGCAUCACCAGCCGCAGGCCUGCACCCUGGCCCAGUGCUUCCAGCUCUACACCAAGGAGGAGCAGCUGGCCCCAGACGAUGCCUGGCGCUGUCCCCACUGCAAGCAGCUGCAGCAGGGCCGCAUCAAGCUGAGCCUGUGGACGCUGCCCGAUGUGCUCAUACUGCAUCUCAAGAGGUUCAGACAGGAGGGCGACCGGCGGGUGAAGAUGCAGAACAUGGUGCGCUUCCCGCUGAUGGGCAUGGACAUGGCGCCGCACGUGGUGAAGAGGAGCCAGAGCAGCUGGAGUCUGCCCUCCCAUUGGUCCCCGUGGAGGCGGCCCUACGGCCUGGGAAGGAACCCCGACGACUACCUGUACGACCUGUACGCCGUGUGCAACCACCACGGGAACAUGCACGGGGGCCACUACACGGCCUACUGCAAGAACUCCAUCGACGGUCAGUGGUACUGCUUCGACGACAGCGAGGUUUCCCCGGUUGCCGACGACGACGUGUGCCAGCAGACGGCCUACAUACUGUUCUACCAGCGGAGGACCGUGAUCCCCUCGUGGUCGGCCAACAGCUCGGUCGCCGGCUCCACCAGCUCGUCGCUGUGUGACCACUGGGUCAACAGGCUGCCCGGCAGCCGGCCGGCCAGCCUGGCCUCCGGGGCCUCGUCCAGACGCACCUCCCUGGCGUCGCUGGCUGAGUCGGUGGAGUUUCCGUUGGAGCGCAGCGAAGACGACGGAGGAUUCUCGGUCCGCCCCUUCGUGCGCAGCAUCCAGCCUCAGAGCUCGUCCUCCCGGUCGUCGGCGGCGAGCCCUCUGGCGUCCGGCGGCCUGAAGCCGUCGUGGUCGCUCUCCGCCAAGCUGCACAUGAGGUCCGGCUCGCCCUCCCGCUUCUCCCUGGACUCUCGCGGCUCCCCUCCGCUGGAGCGCAUCGGAGAGGCCUGCGACGACAAGGUGUCCACUUCCUGUUUCGGCAGCUACGGUCGACACGAGCGCCACUUCGGCGGCCGGACCCCCGUCUCCACGGCGGCGGAGGGCGGCGACAACUCCGGGUUCCUGGACGCGACGUACCGCAGGGCCCCCGCGCCGGCGGACAGGAAGGGCGCCAAAGACGAGGCGACGGAAAACAACAACCAGGCGACGGCGCUCGACCAGAACGUCCCGCCCGCCCAAGCCCCGCCCCCCAAGGAGCAGAAGCGCAAGAGCAGCCUCGGAGGGUUCGCCCUGAAGCCGGAGAGCUCGAGCUCUUCCAAGAGCGCCGCCGGGGCGGAGCAAGAGAAAUCGUCCAAGAAGCGUUUGUGCUCCGCCCAUAAGAGCGGCGCCGCCGCCGCCGAGACGCCGUCCGGCACGCCGGCGAAAGGCAAAAAGGAGAGCGCCGCUAAAGACAAGAGUGCAAGUGCCAAGAAAAGCCCGUCUCCGCCCUGCGGGACUCCCUCCAGAACCAAGGAGGCCGCGGCGCCGCAGCGUAAGCCGCUCGUCCGCUCCACGCCUCGGUCCUCGCCGACCGCCAAGCAGAACGCCGCCGGCGUCCCCGAGAAGAGCUCGGCGGGCGGCCGGAGGCGCCUGCUGGAGAGGAGCUGCGGCCGAGAGGCGGCGCACGCCAGCCUGCUGGUCGGCGGCCUGCGCGGCAGCUCGGUCGCCCGCUGCUCGCCGGCCAAGAGCGGCGAGGGCGGCGGCGGCGUGCGGCCCGAGAGGCGGUCGGUGAGGAGCUCCAGCAGCAGCUCCUCCGUCGCCAGCCUGCGCUCGCCCAGCGUGUCCAACCGCGGCGGCAAGCCCGAGGAAAAGGGGCUGUCCUUCUUCAAGAGCGCCCUGCGGCAGAGGGAAAGCCGCCGGUCGGCCGAUCUGGGGAAGAGCGCCCCGCUCGGGAAGAAAGCCUCGGAGAGGACGUGCCGGCAGAACGGACCGGCCAAGGAUGGCGGCGAUUCGGGAAAGACCGGAGACGUCACCGAGGCCCGCGGGGGGGCGGCGAAGGAGUCCUCCAAGCCCGCCGGCUCGCUCGGCCGCGCUCUGCUCAACGUCGGCAAGUCCAAGUCUUCCACGUCCGAAGCGAGUCUCACGUCUCCCGCCAACGGGAAGAAGCCUCUCGAGAGGACGCCGUCUUCCCGGAAGCUGUCGGCGAGCACGCAGUCUCCCGCGCGCGCGACCAAGAGGCCUCAGUGACCCCCCCCCCCCCCCCACACACACCGUGCGUCCGUCGCCCGCGACACAACGCAGCUGUUUUCUUUGUGCCUGCGUCUCGGCGAGCGCCACACGCGUGCGCAACCAGACGUGUUUAAAAAAAAAAAAAUCUGCAGAUUCUGGUGCCGAAACUGUUUCCUGGCCAGUUCUUACCAGUUUAGAGUGUAUUGUUACCAAUCAACACCUUUUCUGAGCAGCCGGGUCCGGAUUCCACGGGGAUCCGAGGGGCGAGCGGUGCAGCCGUACGGCUCGAUCCGUUUGAUUUGGAGGCCCCCCCCCCCCGUCGGAGUCUUCCAAUCCAAUUACGUCCCCUUCGUGCUUAGAAAAGAUGCAAACGUUCGGUUAGUUUGCCAGCGAGAGAUUUUCCCGCCGAAGGAACCGGGUUAACAAAAUAAGAGCGCGUUCACUCGGCGCGCUGCAGAUUGGGGAACGAGCUGGAACCUCACCGCUUCUCCACGGGCGUUUCAAACACGAGGGAACAUCAACAAUGUAGCCGGGUUGAUGCUCACACACACACACACACACACACCAGGGAGCUUCAUUCCCACAUAACGGGCUGAAUCCACCCUUAAGGAGUUGAACCUGCUUUCUUCUUAUUGAAACACGGGUCGUUUGUCUGAAGACUAGAUUUACAUAAUCGUACGUUUCCUUUCCGACAUUAACACGUAGCGUAUCGUCCUGAUUAUCGGCGUUAGAAGGAUCUGAAUACGGAGGUGGCGGCGGGCCCUCGACCACGACUAUCUGUCGAUUAGAAAGCGGCGUCGAGGCGGAUCUUUCCAAUAUUUUAACACUAUUUUUUUUAUUUGAUACUAGAACUUUUUUUGAUAGAAAUGUAUUUUUUAGAUGCUUAUUGAAGUUUAACUACUUCUUUCUCAAAGGGACGGUUUGUUUUUUGGAAUGAAACCCUUUAAAAGUCAGUAUCUGUGUAGAUGUAUAUAUAUGUACAGGUAUAUAUAUAUAUAAGAUAUAACCCAUUUGUUUUUCUCCAUGAGCAAGAUGAAAAUAAUCUUAAGCGCCUUUCAAUAUGUACAUGGAAACAAAUAAUUGCCUUUGGCAACAUAGAAGUCGACGACUGUAUGCACCACGGGGCAGGAAGGUCGUAUGGUUUGCACUUUGGAGAGAAAAGGCUGUUACACACACACACACACACACGCACACACACAGACACACACACACACAUAGAGACAUAUCGUGAAAGAAGUCUUCAUCUCAAUGUUUCAGGGGUCCUUUUUCAGGGUUCGUACGGUCAUGGAAAACCUGGAAAAGUCAUGGAAUUUUAAAAUGGUAAUUUCCAGGCCUGGAAAAGUCACGGAAAAAACUUAAAUCACAAAAGUUUUGGAAAAGUCAUGGAAAUUUUUUAUAAUCACGUGUUCAUUUACGCAGAGUUUAAAAUAAUUCAUAUGUUUUUGAAAGGAAGACUCUCAAAUUAUAAGCCGGCGUAGGCCAAGUCCAAACAGAUUUGCACAUAAAGGAUAAUAGUUUGAUUAAAAGAAUAAACAUUUAUAUAAGUGUUUCUAAGAAUAAACAUGUAUAGUAAUGUUUAUUCUUUUAAUCAAACUGUUGUCUCUCAUUCAUUUGUUUCAUUUAAUGUACAUUGUAUGCUUUGUAAUUUUCAUUGUUUGAAUACUACAUUUUCAAAAAGUUUUCAUGUACACACCCAGAUUUCAGUUUGGUCGUGGAAAUUUGGUUAAAAGUCCUGGAAUUCCAUUGGUCAACAUGUGUACGAACCCUGCUUUUUAAGCCCCUCCCCCUCAUCCCCCUUUUUCCUAAUCCUGGUGCUGGAACCGACCGAGUCUCCGCUGGCAUUGAUGUUUCCUAAACGAGCGUAUUUUCAAAAUGCUGACGUCCAGAACUGUGACCACACACACACACACACACACUUCAGUGAGCCAGAAGCCGGUUAUCAAAACCUGUGGAAACUCAUUGGAGAAGACAACGCCAUUUUUUGUUUGCUUCGCCAAAGCCGAACCUGAAUCCGGCGGUCCCAGAGCUCCGCCUCCUCCUGCGUCUCUGGACCGGCGUCUGUCUUUAGGGGGCGUGUCCUCUGCAGGGAAAGUGCUUCCUGGUCUCCUUUCUGAGCAAUCGGCAUUAUCACCGUCACGCAAUAUCCACACGUCAGAUGCCAGCAGAAUCCAGCCGUUACUUUUAUACGUUAGCAUGACCCUUGACCUCUAGCGCUCCAGUCUUCCUCUGACUUCCUCUGCAGCGUCUUCCAGGUGUCCAUGUGUUCUCUGUGGCGCUCCAUUUUAAACGUGCACGUUGUGGGAGUGGCCUUCACGUGCUUUGAGUGUUGUGGGUCAGAGGUCAGAGUUGGAGACGUUUUCAACACCCGGUGGUGUCAGAAUUAGCCGUCGGGCUGCGUCUCCGUCGUCUUGGUUACCAGUUUGACUCGCGUUGUUCGUCGGAGCUUUUCGGACACGUCCAACCCAAACGCCACCCGCCACUCGUUCAACUCGCCGUUGACCUGUGAGCAACGAGUAGAGGGUAAGAAUGAAGACGACGUCGGAUCUUCCUCGUCCCCGCGGUUACGCAGCGACUCGGGUCCCGUUUAAGAGACGGCGCUCUUCCUGUCGCCGCCCUCUCUCUCUUUCUACUUCACGUCGUCGUCCACCAGCAGGGCGUGGAGUGGACGUGGCUCGUUCGACGCGAGGGCGUUACUCAUCACGCCGCCGGAGCUACGCGUUCCGUUUCUUACGUGUGGCGGAGAACGCAGCGCGUUAGCACCGCUGACGUCGUCGCGGACAUUUUUAUUUCGGGCAACGUGAACCGGGAUCGCUCGUCCUGCAUCGUGGUCAUCGUUAGAUCGGGGGGCAACGCUAACGUGUGUGUGUGCGUCUGUCUCUGUGUGUGUGUGUGUGUCUCUGUGUGUGUGUCUGUGUGUAUCCGUGUGUGUCUGUGUGUGUGUGUGUAUCCCUGUGUGUCCGUGUGUGUGUGUGUGUGUCUGUGUGUCUCCGUGUGUGUGUGUGUGUGUGUGUGUAUCCCUGUGUGUCCGUGUGUGUGUCUCUGUGUGUGUGUGUGUCUGUCUCCGUGUGUGUGUGUGUGUGUCCGUGUGUGUGUCUCUGUGUGUGUGUGUGUCUG